UUCACGCAAUGUAAUAGUUAUAAGUGGUGUACAUAGUUGACUGGGAAGGCCAUGAAUAAACUUAUUCUAACAGUUUUACUUACGCUCGUACAAUGCAACUAUUUCGUCGCACCCACUGAAAAGUUAGAUAAACUUCUGGCGGUAGCUGUGUAUUUCAGACAUGGGGACAGGUCACCAGCAAAAUCAUUUCCCACCGACCAGUUUUUUACAUUGGACAAUUUUCCAAUGGGUUUCGGCCAACUGACCAAUAAGGGCAUAAACCGCCAUUACGAACUGGGCCAGUGGUUUAGGGACAGAUAUAGCACGUUCCUACCUGAGCAAUACUCACCUAAAGACAUCCUGGUCAUGUCCACCGAUGUAGAUCGCACCCUGAUGUCCGCCGCUGCCAAUCUAGCCGGCCUUUACCCUCCACGGGGGUGGCAGGUGUGGAACAAGGAUCUGCCCUGGAGGCCCACACCGAUCCAUACCGUCGCCAGAGCCGACGACAACGUCUUAGCCAUGAAGAAGUCCUGUCCCAGAUGGGACAAGUUGUAUGACGAAAGCAAAAGCUCCGAGUUCUACCAACAGAUCGAUAAAGAACACGCCGAGCUCUACGAAUACGUCUCUGAACAAUCGGGAUUGAACGUUACUAGUACCGAUGAAAUUAGGUUGAUAAGGUCCAUUUUCUACUGUUACAGGAACUUUAACGAGUCUUUUAUACCGUCUUGGGCAGAGACAUUAAACCAGACAGAGUUGGAUUACUUGGCGGGGUUGACUUAUGCGGGACGUACCGCCACUGGUGAAAUGAAACGGUUAAGAGCGGGUCCAUUCUUCAAUUAUCUUAUUAGUUAUUUCUACGACGUUUCGAAUAACGUAGAAAACAAACCAAAAUUUUUAAUGUUUUCCUCGCAUGACACUGAACUGGUGUCGGUACUGGACGCCAUGGGUGUAAAUGACAUUUCUCCUGUUAGUUUCGCUGCUACGAUAAUAUGGGAAGUGAAAGAAACAACGGAAGGUAGUAAAUACGUGAAUUUGUUUUAUAGAAAAAGCGACGACGAGCUUUUGAAUCUGACGGUGCCAGGGUGCGCGUUCGAUUGUCAAUUGGACGAUUUCAAGGUCCUUUUGGAGCCAGUUACUGUUAACCCUGAAAAAUGGGAAGAAGAAUGCAACUCUGAAAAUAGUAAAUAGGAAUGCAGUGUGUAAUUGAUUAAAAAAAGGAAUUUAUUAAAUCUUUGACCAUUUAUUUUGUUAUAAUACAUGUUAUUAAAACGAUUUUAG